AUGGAGGGGCUGCCCCUCCCAAGGCCCUUGUUGAUCCCUGACCUGGGGCUGUUCUUGGCACUCUGCCUGCCGCUGCGGCCAGGCCUAGGGACAAACCCCACAGCACUGGACUCCUCUAUAAAGAAGAACAGCACCAUUAUACCCAGCAUCCCUGGCUCCAAUGGGGCCCUGUCUCAGGAGGCCAUCACUGCCAUCAUUGUGGUCUUCUCCAUCCUGGCUGCCCUGCUCCUGGCUGUGGGGUUAGCAUUACUGGUGCAUAAACUUUGGGAAAAAUGUCAGAUGGAAGGCACCAACUGGCCCAGCAGCGAGGAGCAGUUCUCCCAUGCAGCCUAG